CUCGUGAUUUGCCAUAAGUUUGCGCGCACAAAUAGCUUUCCAUACUUCCCUUAUACUGUACGCUUAACAAUACAAACCAAAAAGGGAAAAAUCUGAACUUGCAUGCUGGCGGUCGACUCUUCUUCUAAUAAAGUACAGUCUGCCGACUGGUGUAUUCCGAUACGGCGUGCCAAUUUCCAUUUGUUUCUCAAUCCAACAAGAAACUCAUUGGUAUAAAUGCAGAUCUUUGCAAUUUUUCCAAUGUAUUAAUUCAUCGGAGAUCAUUUUUGGAAAAUAUUGGUACCUUCACUUCGGCUUCCAAGUAAAGUGAUGCCACCAUGCCUCAGCCAAAGAUAGAUGAAUAUUCAGAUGUCCAGGUUUACUUCACAGCCAAUGAAUGGGCAGAUAUCAGCGAUUACGAGAGGAUUUGUAUCCAGAAUGUCAAGGAAAACUAUGAGAUGAUGAUACAAGUUGGGGUACAGGUCAACCCACCAAUGUUCAUGCAGCGUCAGCAGGGAUUACAGAAAGAGAUCUUAGAAGAAAGUGAGGAUAAGGGGACAGAGUUAAGAGGAUCUUCUGAUGUUCAUAAUCCCAAUCCAUGUCAUACAGAGAAGAAUGAGUUACACAAAGAGAAUUUGAAUACAUUCACUAUAAAAGUAGAGGCCGAGUAUGAUGAUGAUGGCAAUCUGCUAUGUGAGGCUAAUCAUGAUGCAGAAGGGAAAAUUACUGGUCUGGAAUGGAAGAACUAUGAUGAAAUUACUCAGACACAAACCAAUCCAAUAUUAUUAGGUGACCAAAGUACCAAGUCAGGUGAUCCUAUCUCUCUGUCAUGUGAUCAGAAGGCAGAAAUAUGCGAGGCUAAUCACUAUGCGGAAGGGAAAAUCAAUGAUCUGGGAUGGAAGAGCUAUGAUGAAGUUACUCAGGCACAAACCAAUCCAAUAUCAGCAGGUGAUCAAAGGAUCAAGUCAGGUGAUCUCAUCUCCCCGUCAUAUGAACAAAAUACAGAAAUAUGUGAGGCUAAUCACAGUGCGGAAGGGAAAAUAAAUGAUCUGGGAUGGAAGAACUAUGAUGAAGUUACCCAGACACAAACCGAUUCAAUAUCAUCAGGUGAUCAGAAGGCGGAAGAAGCUUCAGGAGGCAGCAAGACUCCAACCCAAUUCCAAUCCAUGUAUGAAAAGGAUUCUGGACUGUACAGAUGUGAGUACUGUGGAUCAGUCUAUGCUAUUCCUCUCAUCUUAGCAAGGCAUCUCAAGUACAAACAUGGGCUCAAUGGUGUUGUCUUGCCGUCGUAUGCGUCAAAGGAAAGCAUUCUACAAUUUGUCGAAGGAGAAAUACAAAAAUCCAUUUGCAAAACUAAUGAUUUUACACAUGGUGAAAAGAGAAUUUUUAAAAUACGAAACAAGGAAAAUAUACUUGAAAUGAGACGUUAUGUUUGUGAUCAGUGUGGUAAGGCAUUUCGUCAAUCUUAUAGUCUCACAACACAUAUACGAAUUCAUACAGGUGAGAAGCCCUAUGUAUGUGAUGUAUGUGGAAAGGCAUUUAAUGUAAAAUCCCAUGUCACAGAACACAAACGAAUCCAUACAGGUGAGAAACCCUAUGUAUGUGAUCUAUGUGGUAAGGCAUUUCGACAAGAAAAUGGCCUCAAAAGCCAUAAACGAGUCCAUACUGGUGAGAAGCCCUAUGAGUGUGAUCAGUGUGGUAAGGCAUUAAGCGAUAGAAGUGCGUUGAGAAGACACCAACAGAUCCAUACAGGUGAGAAACCCUUUGUUUGUGAUCAAUGUGGUGAGGCAUUUCGCUAUGUAUCUACUCUCAUAACACAUAAACAAAUGCAUACAAGUGAAAAGCCCUAUGUAUGUGAUCAAUGUGGUAAAGCAUUUAGUCACGAAAUUCGUCUCAGAAAUCAUAAACGAAUUCAUACAGCUGAGAAGCCAUAUGUAUGUGAUGUAUGUGGUAAGGCAUUUAAUGUAAAAUCCCAUGUCACAGAACAUAAACGAAUCCAUACAGGUGAGAAGCCCUAUGUAUGUAAUUUAUGUGGUAAGGCAUUUAGGCAAAGAAAUGGCCUCAAAAGCCAUAAUCGAACUCACACAGGUGAGAAGCCCUUUGUGUGUGAUCAGUGUGGUAAGGCAUUAAGCGAUAGAAGUGCGUUGAGAAGACACAAACAGAUCCAUACAGGUGAAAAGCCCUAUGUUUGUGAUCAAUGUGGUAAGCGAUUUAAACAUGAAUCUAAUCUUGAAACACAUAAACAAUUCCAUACAGGCUUUGUGUGUAAUCUGUGUGGUAAAGUCUUAAGAGAUAGAAAUGCAUUGAGAAGACACAAAAAUAUCCAUACAGGUGAGAAACCCUGUGUUUGUGAUCAAUGUGGCAAGACAUUUAGUCGUGUAUCUACUCUCAAAACACAUAAACAAAUCCAUACAGGUGAAAAGCCCUAUGUAUGUGAUCAAUGUGGUAAGGCGUUUUUUGAAAAAUCCAAUCUCAGGAUCCAUAAACGAAUUCACACAGGUGAGAAACCCUAUGUAUGUGAUCAAUGUGGUAAGGCAUUUAGGCAAGAAAACGGCCUCAAAAGCCAUCAACGAACUCAUACAGGUGAGAAGCCCUUUGUGUGUGAUCUAUGUGGUAAGGCAUUAAGUGAUAGAAGUGCGUUGAGAAGACACAAACAGAUCCAUACAGGUGAGAAGCCCUAUGUUUGUGAUCAGUGUGGUAAGGCAUUUCGACAUGAAUCUAGUCUCAAAGCACAUAAAGAAAUCCAUACAGGUGAGAAGCCCUAUGUAUGUGAUCAAUGUGGAAAGGCAUUUAUCAGUAAAACUCGUCUCACAAGCCAUAUACGAACCCAUACAGGUGAGAAGCCCUAUGUGUGUGAUCAAUGUGGCAAGACAUUUAGUCGUGUAUCUACUCUCAUAACACAUCAACAAGUCCAUACAGGUGAAAAGCCCUAUGUAUGUGAUCAAUGUGGUAAGGCAUUUAGCCAAGGAAUUCAUCUCAGAAUUCAUAAACGAAUUCAUACAGGUGAGAAACCUUAUGUAUGUGAUCUAUGUGGUAAGGCAUUUAGGCAAGAAAACGGCCUCAAAAGCCAUCAACGAACUCAUACAGGUGAGAAGCCCUUUGUGUGUGAUCUGUGUGGUAAGGCAUUAAGUGAUAGAAGUGCGUUGAGAAGACACAAACAGAUCCAUACAGGUGAGAAGCCCUAUGUUUGUGAUCAGUGUGGUAAGGCAUUUCGACAUGAAUCUAGUCUCAAAGCACAUAAACGAAUCCAUACAGGUGAGAAGCCCUGUGUGUGAUCAAUGUGGUAGGGCAUUAAGUGAUAAAAGUGCAUUGAGAAGACACAAACAAUUCCAUACAGGCUUUGUGUGUGAGAAAACCUGUGUUUGUGAUCAAUGUGGCAAGACAUUUAGUCAUGUAUCUACUCUCAUAACACAUCAACAAAUCCAUACAGGUGAAAAGCCCUAUGUAUGUGAUCAAUGUGGUAAGGCUUGGACAUCAGUCAGACUGCAGGUCCCAAGAAAGUGGCUUCUUUCAUCCAAGUGAUAUUCAUGACUUGAGAUGUUUUGCAUAUUUAAUUAGCUUGAUGCGGACCAAAACACCUCUUUUCAUUCGGUCAUUGCUGCUCUAAUUGUGCAUCGAAUUUCAUGAAUUUGGUACCAUUGUAAAGAAGAAGAAUCAUUCUUUCAGGUCAUGUGUUUGGAUUUAUUCAAAGAUUUUGUAAUAUAGGUGAACAUUUUGAUCUAAAAUAUGCUACAAAAUAAAUAUUUUCACCUGACAAAAGCUGCUAUUUUCACACUUUAUUUUUGUUUGAGCCCAAAUGAUUUUUAUAUCAUGAUAAAGCUGAAUAUGUAUGCUUUGAAAUGAUAUAGGUUUCAAAAUAAGAAUUGGUUUAAUCGGGUCAAGAUCACACUUUUCAUUUGCCAAGUACAUAAAGCAGCUUGAAAACAAGAAUACUGCACUCUGAUUGGUCAAAGAGACCACACAAUGGCAAAUUCCAACGGUUCCAGUGCCUGGGUUCGUGGGAAGGUCACACUUCCCAUGUGGUAAUCUCCUCAAAUACCCCGCGACUGUUGUUCUGUGAACCUUAUCCAGCCAAUCAGAACUCUGGAUUUCAUGCAAGUACAAAAUUUCAGAAAUCUCGUCUUGUACCUUGGUGGGAAAAGUGUGAUCUUGACCCGAUUAAAAGGUGCCGCAUAUCAACAGUGGCAUUGUGAGAAAGUACAGAUGUUCAGCUUUAUGGUGAUAUAGAUAUCAUUGAGGCUCAAAAUAUAAAGUUUUGCACAAUUUGCAAAAGAAAACAGAGGAAGAAAAUUCCGUUGUUAGGCACAUUUUCAGGCCAGAAAUUUACUUAUUUAACAAAAUAUUGUAUACAAAAUAAAUGACCAAUAUGAAAGAGUAACUUUUACUCUACCUGAUGGUGCAAUAAUAUUUCAUUUAACUUGAGGUUAAAACAGGUAAAUUCUUAGAGAAAGAAAAUCUCACGAAUCACGAGAUUUUGCAAGGAGGAGGAUUCAGCCACGAGAUGAUUUGGAUGAAUCUGGCCUUUUUGCUCAUUAGCAUAGGGACCUGCGGUCUGACUGGACAUCAUCUCACGCUACAUAAACGAACCCAUACACGUGAGAAGCCCUCAUGUAUGUGAUCAAUACGGAGCCCGCCAGGUGACAUGAAGGAGAAAAAAUUCUCCGUACAGUAUUUCGUUCCCACGAAAUAAUAUUUCGUGGCCACGCAAUAUUAUUUCGUUCCCACGCAAUACUAUUUCGUGGCCACGCAAUAUUAUUUCGUUCCCACGAAAUAUUAUUUCGUUCCCACGCAAUAUUAUUUCGUUCCCACGCAAUAUUAUUUCGUUCCCACGCAAUAUUAUUUCGUUCCCACGAAAUACUAUUUCGUUCCCACGAAAUACUAUUUCGUUCCCACGAAAUACUAUUUCGUUCCCACGCAAUACUAUUUCGUUCCCACGAAAUAUUAUUUCCCCUCUCUCCGAUCCGCCGUGCCGCACCAGCCGUGUAUAACACGUGCAGCAUAGCAACAUGCUUUGGUAUGGUAUGCGCUGAUCGGGGCGCUGAUGAUGAUGUUGGUAAUGAUGAUGAAGGUGGUGAUUAUGAUGCAUAGGCUGAUCCAGGUGGGGGCCCGAGGUGCCCGCCCCUCCCCCUAUUGGCGGAGCCCA